GUCGCUUUAAUAGUAAGUCCCACCUUCUGUAAAAUGGAAAUGUUAUAAAUAAUAAUUUCUCUGGCCAAGUUCUCACUCAUUCAUUGUAUCUGCGGCUUCGUAUCAAACCAUACGGAUACGUACGACUAACUGGCCGUCAAAUGUGACGGGCGCUCGGUUUACAAAAGUAGUGAAUAAGACAUUCUAAAGAUUUAGUGACAGAAUUCAGUACAAGUACAUACAAAACUAAGUUAAAUAAGCCAAGGUGUCGCGGUUGACUAGACAAUAUACUUACCUGUAUUUAAAAAAAAUUAGUUGAGUUUUUAUUGUUUGUUAAUGCUUAUAUAAAAGUAAACAAUGCUGACUGGAUAUAAAAAAACCAUCUCAGAAUUAUUUUUAAUACCUCAACGAUGGGUCUUAGGAAUAAUGGGUUUUCUUGCCAUUUUAAACGCAUAUUCGAUGAGGGUGACGCUUUCUAUAGCAAUUACUGAAAUGGUCGUUUCAUCGAAUAAGUCUAGCAACUAUUCUGAUGCCUGCCCUUCUUACGAAUCAUCAUCAGGGUCAACUUCUUCUUCAGUAAUAAAGGAUCCAAGCAAGUUGUAUAAUUGGGAUGAAGCAACUCAAGGGAUUAUUCUAAGUUCCUUUUAUUACGGAUAUGUAGUAACACACCUGCCCGGAGGACUUUUGGCUGAAAAAUUCGGUGGAAAGUACACUUUAGGAAUUGGAAUGUUAUCAACUGCCGUACUUACCGUUCUUACCCCCCUAGUUAUCAAAUUUGGAGAUUGGCAAGGGCUGGUCGUUUUGAGAGUAUUAAUGGGAUUGGGAGAGGGAACAACAUUCCCUGCUCUCAGCGUUCUGCUAGCAAAAUGGGUGCCAACAUCGGAAAGAUCAAAACUAGGAUCUUUAGCAUAUUCGGGAAGCGUGUUAGGAACUGUUUUUAGUAAUUCUGUAAGUGGCGUUCUAAUAUCAGCCACAGAAGACUGGGCGUCCGUAUUUUACUUCUUUGGUGGUAUAGGCAUUUUGUGGUACAUAAUAUGGGAAUUAAUAUGCUUUUCCAGUCCCGAAUCGCACCCUUACAUUACAGACAAAGAAAAGAACUAUUUGGAAAAGGAAUUAGGGGCCACUACAACAACGCAAAACACUCCGUGGAAACAAAUUUUAACGUCAGUUCCGGUGUGGGCCUUGAUAGCAGCCCAAAUUGGUCAUGAUUGGGGUAACUAUGCCAUGGUCACGGAUUUGCCGAAGUACAUGAGCGACGUACUAAACUUCAAUGUCACUCAAAACGGCUUAUGGUCAUCAUUGCCGUACGUCGUCAUGUGGAUUGUAUCGAUGGUAUUCGGAUGGUUCUGUGAUUGGCAUAUAACCAAAGGUUACACCGGAAUCACGUUCGCCAGGAAAUUCUAUACAGCCGUUGGAGCUAUUGGCCCAGGGAUAUUUAUGUUAGCCGCAUCGUAUGCAGGUUGUGAUAGAAUGUUAGCGGUCAUAAUGUUUACCGUAGCGAUGGGUUUUAUGGGAACUUUCUAUUGUGGAAUGAAAGUGAACACUUUGGAUCUGUCUCCAAACUACGCGGGGACAAUAAUGGCAAUCCAAAAUGGGUUAGGAGCAAUUACUGGAAUAAUUGCACCAUAUCUCAUCGGUAUUUUAACAGAAGAUAACACAGUGACACAAUGGAGAUUGGUGUUUUGGAUAACUUUUGCAGUUUUCGCAAUAACAACUGUAAUAUUCGUUAUAUUCGGCAGUGGUGACCGGCAGUGGUGGAAUGAUAUUGGAAUGAAAGUUGAUGCUGCAAGUUCAGAAAUCGCUGUAAAAGUUUUGCCAUCAAAAGACAAUGAAAAUAUUACGAAGACCAACAACAAUGAAAAAAACCAACUGUAAUAUAACAUUUCGUUUUUAUGUUACAUUUAUCAAAUUUUCCAUUUGCCUCAUCUAAAAUUGUACAAGUACGAAAAAGAGGCAAACUUUGAUGCAUUUUGAAGCACAAACUGAUUCUUUUCAAAUGAGUCCUGUUUUCUUCUUAAGAUUUAGAAUAAUUUGUACAGGACGUUUUAAGUACGUUUUCUUGUUUAAUGACGAUCAGAAAUUGUUAUUUUAUAGAAAUAAUUUGUAUUUCCUACCUAACUAUUUUAUUUAGGAUAAAAUGGGCAUUCUGUAGAUAUAGAUGAGAUGUUAUCCGGGCUGAUGGGCCGUGGUCUGUUGAGUUUUUUUGCCAACAGACCCAAUGUUUUGUUGGGAAAACAAUCUAACAGACUACGGCCCAUCAGCCCGGACAACAACUCACCUAUAUUCAACACCGGUCGUUAAAGCCUGCAAUCAACAUAUUCUGUAGAUGAUGUAAAACGUCAACAUACCUAUUUGGGCCAAUUUUUAAAAUAUGCUUAUAAUUUUAUAUAUAAACAAAAUAAUGCAGAGAUAUUUUAUGCUUUUACCAAAGCUUUCAGUUGUAAUUAUAUAUUUUAUUAGAAAUUGAUGAAUAUACGUAUAAUUAACAGGUAAAAUUUCAUGUGAUAUCACGAAGUGUUUAUAGCAAAAAAAUAUAGUUGCAUAUUAUACUAGACAACUAAACGCUGAAUAAUGAAACGUUUUCUACAAUUUAUUAAGCUGGUAUAAUGUAUUAAGUGAUAUUAAACAAAAUGAACGAAGUGUUGUUAAAAAAACUUGGCUUGAUAAUUGCAUAUCAUCAUUUUAAUAAGUUGGUGAGAUACUAAUCACUGCCUUAUUAAGGAUUUGUAAAUCAUUACAUACAUAAGUAACUAAGUAUGUACGUACAAAAAAAGUGUAAUAAACCAUUCCCAGUA